UUGCUGCUGUACCGUGUAGUCAUAUUUUUAAUUUUGGUUGGGCGCUCUUGGCUUCACUUGGAGCAUACUAAAUUAGAAAUACAUAUCAGUAUAUUUAAAAGCACCUUUGUCGGUCUGUAGACUACCAUUUAUAUACUGAUAUACUUUUGUAUAAUGUUUAAUCAUCUGUCAGUCUGUAGAUUGUAUAUUAGUACAGUAGAACAGGUGUUGAAAGCUUGCGAUUACUGGAUCACAGAGCAUUAUGACUGACCUUCCUAAAUGUGGUUUUUGUAAGAAAAAGUUUGAUGCCGUGUCUCAAGGUGCAACAAAUCGUUCCCCAAUUUUAUUGAGAUGUGGACAUACAUUCUGCAAACACUGUGUUUCAAAAUGGGCUAAAGGUAAACAAGAAGUUGAGUGUUUUCAGUGCAAAGCGAAAACCCCUUGUAGGGAUGGAUUGCAGGGUGUGCAACAUCUCUGGCCAAAUAUGUACAUCGCUGGUGUGUUGUCUUGCAUUCACAAGUUCCCUUUAUUUUCUUAUCGUUUUCUGAACUUUGAUCACAUCACCGAAAAUCCGGCACGUUCCAGCCAGAGGGCAAUGGGACAACGCUGCUCUGAAUGUAUAAACUCUCAAGCAACAUGUCGCUGCAUACAUUGCCAAGUAAAUAUGUGUAAGAAAUGUUUUGGUUUGGUUCACAGUCACUCAAGAUUCUUGAGGCAGCAUCACAGUAUUCCAUUGCGACCCAGUUUGAUCACAACAGAAUGUCCAAUUCAUUGUCGCCUUUUAGAGUUCUUCUGUGAAGAAGAUGAAAUACCAAUAUGUCCUGAAUGCAUGAUCAGUGAUCAUCAUAAAGGCCAUGGGGUGGUGCGGAUGUUGGACAAGUAUAAAAGUUUAGAAGAAGAACUGAAAACUGCACAAACCCAAACAUCAUCUGCUUUAACACAUACUGAAAAAGUUAAGUCUAUGCUCAAGCUUGAACUUGAAAAUGUUCAAUAUGAUGCUUACCAACAAGCUGAUUACAUUCACCAAUGCUUUCAGGAUUGUCUUGGUACUUUGCAAGCUCGUUUUCUUGGACUUCUCAGAGAAUUGCAAACAUGUGCAGAAAAAGGCUGUGAUGAUAUUCUAGAAUUGUUGAGAGAGGUUGAAGCAAGAGAACUUCCGAUUAGAGAAGCUCAUGCUGAUGUUGAACUCGUUCUCUCAAAUGAAACUUGUCGACAAGUUGUAGUGAAUCCUAAUAAGAUUCUCGCAGUAUUGAGAACAUCAAAGUAUCUUCCAUUUACUGUUGAAACACAGCGCUCGGAUGAUUGUGACGGAAAUAAUAACAAAGAGAAACAAAAUGGCUAUGAUCAACGUUUCUUAUUUUCUUUAAAUCCCGAUAUUCCAUUUAAUAUAGAACAGCUGGGGGAAAUUGGAAUCACAAAUAAUAUUAAAUAUAAACUACGAAUGCUUCAGGAUUGCCCUGGUUUGUUGGAUAUUCCCGUACAAGGCUACCUCGUUGAAGAUGAUAAAGAGCAGAGAGUUAAACCAACUACACAACUUCUAAGGCAUCUACAAGAACCACAUGGGAAGUGUCAGGAGCUUGUUCAUGUAACCUUUAUGGAAAAUCCAUCAAAUUUCUGUGUACAGAGAUGGGAAGACAAAUCUCAUCUCGAUGCCAUUCAAAGAUGUCUCAAAGUUUAUAAGACAAGGAAGCCAUUGGUAGAUGAAAUUCUCACAAGAGUUGGAGUGGGAGAUAGUUGUGUUGCUUUUUAUGAACCUGCCCGUAGCUGGUACAGAGGUCGCAUCACAAAAAUUUUGAAACCUUGUGAAGACGAAAAUGGUGAUAUGGAACAACCUGGAGAAGAAAAUGAUAAUGCUUCCAAGGAAAUUCUUAUGCCUAAAGAAACAGCUGGUCCUCCAGAUAUUGUCGAAGUACUAUAUAUUGAUUAUGGAAAUACAGCAAGAACAAAAGUUUCUUGUCUUCGUUGUUUGCCGGAUAAACUAAAAUCUAUACCUGAUUUGUCUAUACCCUGUGCUAUGAAUAAUAUCAGUCCUAUCGAUGAAAAUCUGGGAUGGGGCCAAGAUGUUAUCAGAUAUUUCUCUAAAUUGAUCGGUGAUCGUCCUCUGCUCAUGACAACCGUGAAACGAGAGAAAGGCUACAGAAUGGUCGACCUCCACAAACCUGCUGCUGAUGAAAUUGAUGCUGAUGUACCUACUUCUGUCAGGGAUGCAUUGGUGUUUCUUGGUUUAGCACGAUUGAAUGUUGUACCUCUACUAUCUCUGGACAAUACUGCCGUAACCACCAGAAAGUUUUUAACACCAUCUCUUUUGCCAGUCUCUACAUUUAUCAGUGUAGUUAUAUCAGAAUUUCAAUCACUCAAUAGAUUUUGCGUGCAACAAAUGGAUAGCAACAUGUCAUAUCUUACUCAGUUGAUGACGAAGAUUCAGUCAUGGGUACGGCGAAAGUUGUCUCCUGAAAAACGAGCAUCUGCUUUUGCAAGGAGUUUGCAUGAUUUACAAAUCUUGUGUCCUAUAGAGGAAAUGGUUUGUCUUGCACAAUACAGUGACUCAAAAUGGUAUCGGGCUCAAGUAAUCAAGGUUACCAAACAGCAGACAGUGGAUGUUUUAUAUGUUGAUUAUGGUGAUACAAGAACCGUCCACUUCUCAAAGUUGUUAAAAAUUCCAGAAUGUUUCACCAGGCUUCCAGUCCAAGCUUUAUCCUGUCAAUUAUUUGAUGUAUCUCCUUUGCCUGAUGAAGAUGACUUUUCUGAAAUUGCCUGCAAAAGAUUUGCUGAAUUAUGUGCACAAUCACAAAUGCUAUUGGAAGUUAGGGCUGUUAGAAAAGGGAUUUAUUAUGUCGAUUUGUAUGAUUACACUGAUGAAGAUCCAAGUGUCCUAUCAAUCAGUGAUAGAUUGUAUAGAGAAGGUCACAUAGUACGAAAUAAUAAUAUGGAUGAUGACAAAGCUCUGUCUACAAAGAAGCAAGGUGCUGAUGUUUCGCAGCCAGCAACUCAAGAAAUGGAACUUGAUAACAAUCUUGGCGUGACAGAAUUAUUGGAAAUUAUCCAAGUACCUGAAGUAAAAAAUGAUCAGAACAUGAAAAGCAAAUCUCGUGUAACGAACGCAAUUGGUCCUAAUCUAUUCUAUGUGCAGACUGAGGUUCAAAUGCAAGAAUUGAAUAAGAUGAUGUUACUUUUGCAGGAAGAUAUGAAUGAGAUUGUAGAUUUCACUGCAGAUGAUUUUGAUCCAAUGUUCAACGCUGGUGAUAAUUUUAGUGUAGGAGAUUGCUGCGUGGUGAGAUCAAAAAUGGAGAAACGAUGGUGUAGAGGUCAAAUACAGGCUUCAGAGGUUUCACAGCUUGGACAGGAAUGUAAAGUACUUCUGACUGAUUAUGGAUGGGUGGAAACUUGGCCUAUGUGUGAUUUGAAAAGACCUAAAAGAGAUUAUGAUAACACGAAUCAGUUUAUAACAAAAUGUUCCUUGGGAUCAGUUCAACCAGCUGGUGGAAGCACAAAGUGGACCUCAACCGCUGUGUCUUUGUUUCGGGAACUGGUGAUGGGCGAGGAAUGCUUAUUGGAAUUGAUGCCGAAGGAUGAAAUUAUUGAAAGCAGUGACACACUUCCUGUUGAAAUUUGGAUUAAGAAUAAACAUCAAGCUGAUUCCAGUGAAAUUGUUGAUUAUUUGAAGACUUCCAGAUUACUUGAAUUAGAGGGUUUAGCUCUUCCAGUGAGAAAUCGCAGACAGCAAAAAGAUAGUGGAUAUCAAGAUAUACUAUGUGCUGGUGCCACCAUGUCUCACCACUGCUUCAAACCCCUGAAAGUGAGGCAAACAGGCGAAAAAAUUGCAAAUCCUACAAAGACUUCAUCAAACACUCAAAAUAGUUUGAAUGCUGAAUCACAUACUACUUCCACCUUUGUUGCCAAUGAAGAUUCAAGUACCUCUGAUGAUGAUGUUACUGUGACGCUGAGUACCGCUAGGCCACAUAACGACAGUGAAAGUGCACUUUCUCAGAGACCUGAUACUCAUUCUGAAUGUACUGCUGACAUAGAAUCUUCUGGUGACAUAGAAUCUUCUGGAUCUCUAUCACCAAUAACAAAUCGGAUAGCUGUGUCUGAGAGAUCAUAUUCCAGCAUCAAAAUUCUGUUUCCUGAUGAAUGUGUUCCAUGCUUCGUAAGUCACAUUGAGGAUCCUUGCAUCUUUUUUGUGAGACUUCGAGCAGUUGAUGGAGAGGGUCAAGAAGCAGUACCAAAUGAUGUUCUUGAAUGGCAGAAGAUCAUGCUUCAAAUCCAAGAUGUUGCAAAGAACAUAUUAGCACCAUUGAUGUAUGAUGAUAUCAAGGCUGGUGAACCAUGUCUGUGUCGGUACAUUGGAGAUGAAAAAUGGCACCGUGCCAUUAUUUUAUUGACACCUCAGUCUCCACAAUCAAUUCCUGUACAAUAUGUGGAUUUUGGUACAAUUGAGAAUGUGCCACUUGGACGUCUUCGUCGACUUCCAGAUUGCCUACUUGCAAUGCCUAUCCGAGCGUUUAUGUGCCAGCUUGUGGGCGGUCCUGUGUCAGAGGCUGUAUGUGCCAUUACCGUGGUCGAGGAGUUUUCCAGGAGUGUCGAGGGUCGAGAAUUGUUUGCUAAAGUUUGUGAAAGUAUGGAGAUUGAAAACGAAUAUAAGCAUUUUUUGAAUAUGUACUCAGUCUCGCUUUUUGUGCGUGAUUCUAACGGUACAUUAUUGGAUAUAGCAAGUGAUAAUACAUCUGUAUAAGAUGAUUUGGACUUUGGCGAAAAGAGAAAAGAGCCUCAAGCAUGAACACGAGAAAAAAACUGAAUAUCAUUUCGUUCCAAAUUUUAUCACUGUGAGAUGUGACAACUUUGUGUACUUCAUUUUUUACAUGUGUAUAGUUUAUGACUGAAAGUUGGUCAUUUUCACAGACUUCAUCACAUAUGCCACUCAAUUUUCUUUCUUUUUUCUAUUUCUUUUUUCAUUUGAACUCAAGUUUUUCAGUUCUUUUCGGUAUUAUUUGGUAAUCAUAUUGCUUCAAGCUGUAGGUGAUUUUAUGCUCAAUUUCAUUACUCAACACGUUUCUUUAUUGG